ACGGACGGAGAAACUAAUUCGCACACGGAGCAGCGGAGACCGCGGAGCCAAACACUUUUUACUGUCUCUGGUUAUUCUCCGGUUCCUUGUGGAUUCAUAGCACUGUUGCUUCAAGCUCUACGAGAUUGUCAAAAGCAAAGUUAAGGGAAGAAAGGAUUUUCGAGUAUGAAACAUAUCCUAACAGCCAAUUCUUCAUACUCUUUUCUUACUCCAUUUUCUUCACUUACUCUGAAAAAUUCAAAUCAUUUCCCCAGAAAACACAAAUUCUUCUUCAGAAACCCAAAAGCAAAGCCCCCCCGUUUCAUCCCAAUUUGCUCUUCGGUUCCUACGAAACCAUCGAAUUCCCACGAGCUGUCCAGUCCCAAUGAGUUAUUACAUAAUUCGGUUUCAUUGGAGGAAGACGCAUGUCGGAGUGAUUGGAAAGUUCAAGUCGGUAGCCCAACUCUGCCCUCGUUUCUUCCGCCAUGGAAACUGAGCUUGAGUGAGAAAGCGUUCUUUCUCUCGUCCUUCAUCGUUUGCACGACAUCAGUGGCUUUUACAGCCCUUGUUAUUGCAGCUGUUCCAACACUCUAUGCAAUGGGCAGAGCUGCUACCUCUCUUUCAAAGCUUGCAGAUACAGCUCGUGAGGAGCUACCUAGUACCAUGGCUGCAAUUAGACUUUCAGGCAUGGAAAUAAGUGAUCUUACACUUGAACUGAGUGAUUUAAGCCAAGAGAUAGCCGAUGGGGUCAACAAAUCAGCCCAAGCCAUGCAAGCAGCUGAGACUGGAAUUCGACAAAUGAGUGCGCUUGCUCGCCAACAAACAAUAUCUAUGAUUCAGGAGCGUGCAAGCUUGCCUAUCAUCUCAUUGCAACCUGUUCUUGCUGGUGCUGCAAAGAAAACAUCUCGUGCUGUUGGUCGUGCUACGAAGACUGUCAUGAAUAUCAUAUCUAGAGGUGAGUUCAGCUCUGAGGAUGAGGAUGCAAGUGGAAUUGAUAGGGUGGAAAUGUGAGAGGACGUUAUUUUUUUCCCCCCCUCUUCCACCGCGAAAUAGUUACCAUGUACAUUAAACACCAUUAGCACUAGUGGUUGGAUUACUGUCGCAGGAUAAUGUAAAUGUGCUGAAAUCUUCAAGUUCAAAGGAAAUCAAACCAUUAGCACCAGUCGAUUAUUGGAUUGUUUACUUUUA